AACACCAAGCAAGAAACUGACUCGGACGACUCCGUUUCAAUGGAUUUCUAUGAAACGUCCAAGUCAUCCAAUUCGCGUCGCACGGUGACACCAAACACGUCUCAAAAACCGCGAAAGCGCAAAGAAGACAACGACAGUGAGAAAGCUCCUGUUUCUAAAGGCAAGAAAAAAUUAAAAAAAGCCGACGAUGGGGGCGAACAUACUGCUGCUGAUCAAGAAAAAUCAUCAGGAACGAAGAAGACAGGUGUCCAUCAUUACUUUCAAUAUCUACAGAAAAAGACCGGCCCCGUUGCUCCUGGAUCCAAAUCAAUUCCUGUUGGAGCUGAGAAUUGUUUAGCUGGUCUUACUUUUGUUUUUACUGGAGAAUUAGAGUCGCUAUCGCGUGAAGAAGCACAAGAUUUAGCAAAACGCUAUGGAGCCAAAGUGACCAUUAGCCCGAGCUCCAGGACAUCCUAUGUCGUAGUUGGUGCAGACGCGGGCCCAAAGAAGCUUGAAAAAAUCGAACAGCUUAAGAUCAAGACCUUAACAGAAGAUGAAUUUCUUGAAUUUAUCAGAACUAGUCCUACACGAGACAAUAUAACAACAUCAAAACCCAGUAAAUCAACAAAAAAGGCAAAGGUCGUUGAAAAUGAGAAGAUGCUCGUUGAUGAACCUGUGAUAGUUUCUUCGACAAGUAACUCACAAGGCCCAGUAGCACAGCUGUGGGUUGAUAAAUAUAAACCUCAAAAGUUAACGGAACUUGUUGGGAAUCAAACACAAGUCACAAGGCUUCAGAAAUGGCUGGAACAAUGGGAAACUAACCUUCGGAGUGAUUUUAAACAAACUGAUAAAAAUAGUCUUGCAUUUAGAGCAGCACUUCUAUCCGGGGCGCCAGGUGUUGGAAAGACUACGGCGGCACAUCUGGUAGGGAAACUGCAAGGAUAUGAUGUCAUGGAAUUUAAUGCUAGUGAUACUCGCAACAAAAAAGCAAUUGAAAAUGCCAUAAAAAUAGCCACUAGUAACCGUUCUAUCGCUGGGUAUUUGCAAUCUGAGACAUCCAAUAUAAAGGCGGAUGAAAAAGGCAAACAAAAGGAAAAGACGGCACCUAGCAAGAGCAACAAGUUACUUAUUAUAAUGGAUGAAGUUGAUGGCAUGUCUGCUGGUGACCGUGGUGGCAUUGCUGAACUGACUUCUCUCAUAAAAAAAACACAAGUUCCAAUUAUUUGUAUCUGUAAUGAUCGCCAGUCACAGAAAGUUAAAACGCUGGCAACUAUUUGCUUGGACUUGAAGUUCCAGAGACCGCGGGUCGAGUCUGUGAGAUCGAGAAUAUUGACAAUCGCUUGCCGAGAGAAUGUUAAAAUUCCACCAAAUGUGAUUGACCAGCUUACGUCAAGUGCACGGUCUGACAUUCGUCAAGUCUUAAAUAUGUUGUCAACGUAUUUUCUUUCCGCAAAGAAUAUUGAUUAUGAUCAGGGGAAAGCUUUAUCAAAAUCAUCGGAGAAAAAUUUUGUUAUGAAUCCAUGGGAUGUGACUGCUAAACUUUUUAGUAAGCUUACUUGGUCACAAUCGAGCAAUUUGACAAUGUCGGAUAAGCUUGAACUUUAUUUUAAUGAUUAUGACAUAAUUCCUCUUAUGGUUCAUGAAAACUAUCUCAAACACAGUCCCGCGAGGGCUCAACGACUAGCACAAGAAGCCAAAUCAAACACGGCAAUGAAAGUAUAUGCGAUGGAUUUUUUUAGCAAAGCUGCAGAUUCUAUUUCUGAUGGUGAUUUGCUUGACAGGAUGAUUCGCGGGCCACAGCAGCAUUGGACACUGAUGCCUGCUCACGCUGUAUUAUCAUGCGUUCAACCUGCAUCUUUCAUCUACGGGGAUUCAAUUCACACUGGCGGUUAUGGCGGGCCAUAUUCAUUUCCCAGCUGGCUUGGACAGAACUCAAAAGCGCAGAAACAUCAACGUCAACUUAAGGAAUUACAUAGUCAUAUGCGUAUGCGUGUAUCAGGGGACAAGACUGAAGUGCGAUUGAGCUAUAUUCCGACGCUGGCCCCUGGAUUGUCACUUCCAUUAGCUGGCGAGGAUGGUAUUUCCAAAGUCAUUGAGAAAAUGGACGAAUACUAUUUGAAUAGAGAGGAUUGGGAUUCGCUUAUGGAACUAGGUAUUGGCCCAAAUUCGAGUAACAAGUUAUUGAGUAGUGUCAACACGAAAGUCAAGACUGCGUUUACACGAAAAUAUAAUUCUACAACGCACCCAGUCCCCUUGCUUGGUGUCGCAACUGUAAGCAAAGCGCCAACAUCUGCAGUAGUAGUGCCAGACAUAGAAGAAGCUUAUAUCAAGCAGAAAGGUUCAAAUGUGUUCAAGGCGGCAUCAGGGAAGGGAGCUAAGAGUACCAGAGGAAGAGUAAUAUAA